AUGACAAAUCUUACAAACUUGUCGUUCGUUGCGUUUGACAUUUCUGGGGAGAAUUAUCUAUCGUGGGUACAAGAUGUAAAGUUGCAUUUGGGUUCAAAGAAAUUAGGCAACACAAUAAAGGCAGAAAACACAUCCACAAUUGAAGAAAAUUUUACCUCUAUUAUUUUCCUUCGACACCACAUGCAUGAAGAUCUAAAAUCUGAGUACCUAGAAGUCGAGGAUCCCUUUAUUUUAUGGGAAAAUCUAAAUGAUAGGUUCGAUCAUCAGAAACUAGUUUAUCUACCUGCAGCUGAAAAUGAUUGGGCUAAUCUAAGGCUUCAAGAUUUUAAGAGUGUUCGGGCAUAUAGCUCAGCACUAUUCAAAAUAAGUUCUAGGCUCAUUAUGUGUGGUGAGAUUGUUACUGAGAAAAGAAAGAUCGACAAAAUAUUAUCCACUUUUCAUCCCAAUAAUAUCAACUUAGCCGAGAUGUACAGGGAGCGCAAGUUUACCAAGUUUGGGGAUCUCCUUUCAACCCUCCUUGUUGCCGAGCAGAAUCAUGAAUUGGUGAUUAAGAAUCAUCAAUCCCGUCCAACGGGAUCUGCCCCUUUACCAGAAGUAAAUAACACGACAUUCCAGCAGAAUGUACGUGGAAAAAGGCAUAGAGGUGGACGAGGCCAUGGUCGCUACCGUGGACGAGGCCGUGGUCGUGGGCAUUUUCGUCCUUAUUAUAGCUCUGGUCACCAGAAGUGGCAACCUGAAACACAGAGCAAAAGAAAGGCACCACAAGGAGGGAAAACUGACAAUUUAUGUCACAAGUGUGGAAUGGAAGGGCAUUGGUCACGUAAUUGUUAUAUCCCACAACAUCUUGUUAAUUUAUAUCAGUCAUCUAAAAGAUCAAAAGGGAAAAUGGUGGAAACCAAUUUCGCCAACAACUUAGAUGAUUCUCUUAUAAUAUCAACCGGGGGAAUAAGCGUUAAUGGUCCUAAUGAGACUAACGAAACUCACAUGUGGGAGGCUGAGGAUUAG